UGACGUUGCUUAGUUACUGUGGGUAGCUGUUACCUAGUAGCCGGUACCUAGUAGCCGGUUCGCUAACCUCAGGCAAUUCUCCUGUUGGUUCAGAAGUGUGGUAACAGAUAACUUACUCAUCAAAAACAGUAUUUUUAUAGUCACUCAGCUAAUGUACUCAUAUGCUCAAGACGUUAAGCACUAUGGCGCCAUACAUCUGAAACGUGAAUGACAGGAAUAGUUUAAAAAAAUGUACAGCCCGAAAGAAUUGGAGGGGGAGGUUGACCACUCCUUCUUUGACAGUGACUGUGAUGGUGAAGAUGGUAAGAAUCAAGACCAUGAUAACGCAGAGAGUAAGCAGCAAAGGUCAGUCAGUGAUGUGGUGUCCCAUGGUGGAAGGUUCUCAACUGAGCUUUCAAUUAAAGCCAGACAAAAACAGGAUCAACUUGAAGAGGAUAAAAGAGGGGAUGACAACUCUCAGGUAGAGGAUGCAUUUAUUGACCUAAAGGAGAUCAAAAGUGCUAUAUCAGAAGUGGAGGAUUGGAAUGGAGGGAGUGCAUCUGACGCAGAGAGCAUCAGACGAAAUGAAGAGAGGAAUAGAGCAGCAGGGUCAGACAGGGGUGUUGACACGAGCAAGAAUAGUUCCCUGGUGGAGGCUAGUUCUGUGUCCUCACGAAUGUCCUGUGAACAAAAGGCAGCAGAUGAGACUCUGGUGAAUGAUGAUGGUGAUGAAACUGUGGAGGAGAUGAAGAAGACUAAUUUUGAAAAGGGAGGUGGUAGAGAGAUAAAGAAAGAUAGAUCAGUUUUUCCGAACGCUAGCGAUCAGCAAGAUGGCUCAGACAUUGGAGGGGAGGACAGUGGCCAGGAGGAAAGCCAGAGUAGGUCGUUAGUAGGCACUGGUAGCCUUUGCUCCAGUGUGUCUUCACUUCCUUCUGGUCAGGAAAAGAACCCAGCGAAAGCCAAGCAUCCUCGUUCAAGGAGCCCCUCAGACAUCUCAACAGUUUCCUCAGAAGAGGAGCGGGAGCUGGAGGAUCUUGAUGAUGAUGAUGUUCUUGACAAUCUUGAUGCCAAUGAGGAUGGAUAUCAGCGGAGUGAAGAGUCAGGAUGCAGCGAUGAAGAGAGACCCCCAGAACCCCCACCCACCAAGCAUAAGCCCCAGCUUUUGCUGGGCACGCCGAGAAAGUCCAGUGGGAAAUUCCGUAAGCACAGCCCUCGCCCUUCCUCCUCCUCGGAGUUAGAAAGCUCUUGCAGCAGCGAUGGGGAGGGCCACAGCUCCUCCUCUGAUCUCUCCCCUCCCAGAAGGGCCCCAGCAGCCUUGGCUACGUCGUCCCCCAGACGCAAACUCCGGCUGAACUCGGCACCCAGCAGGGAGAGAGCGGUGCUGGAGUCAGAGGACACAGUGACUGACGUCACGCCACUCUCCACCCCUGACAUGAGCCCUGCCCAGUCCUUUGACCUACCUGUGUUUGUCGUGAAAGCCAAGGAGCCAACGGCAGCACCUGCAUGGGCUGAUGAGAACCCGAAGCAGCAUAAUGUCACCAUUGACCUAAAUGUGAACGCUAACAACAGUUCAAAGAGGGAUGAUUCAACUGAAGAAGACCUCGGCAUGGAGACACAAGAAGCCAGUUCCCUGAACCAGAAUGUGACAUGGGAAGACCCCAUGGAUAAACCCAGAGACCCUGACCAAGAAGCCCUCUCCCAUGUGAGUUCAGCACGUGAGUUCGGCUCGAUCAGCGUUGGCAGCACCCAGGGCGACAUCCCCGGCAAACACCGCCGCAACUUCAGCUUCCGAAACGAAGAUGUGUGGCGCAUCGACCGCGAGAACCAGCGACUGCUGCGGGAGCUCUCACGCCCCUCCCGGCGCUCGCGCUCAGGCAGCGCCAGCUCAUCACACACAAUGCCCAGCUGUGGCACGCGCCGGGCCAGCGGCCCUCCACCCCCCCUCCAAUACCACAGUGCCGUCAACCGGCAGCGCGAACAGAAGCGUAUAGAGAGAGAGAAUCUGGCACUGCUGAAGAGGCUCGAGUCAGUGAAGCCCAGCAAAGGCAUUACACGAUCAGAGCAGUUUGCCGACUACCAGCGCCAAGCCAGAUACAUUUGUACUCCUCUCCCAACCGCCACCAUUGAGCACUACCACUCCAAAAUAGCAUCUCUCUCCGCAAGUUCACAGGGGAAGAGCACCAGGCCAAACAGCGCAGGCGUCCGUCUCAGCCCCAGACCCGGGUCUCGCCCUUCCCCAGCCCCCACCAAACCCAGCCGGAGCACCACCCCUCGGCCUGCCUGGUCCUAAGGCUCCGAGGCCACCGACCAGACAUCCACUGGGUGAGAUGAGUUCACCAUGCCAAACUCUCAUAGACCAACCUGAGGUCAGGGAGUCGUCAAGGGAGAUGUAGUUUAGUGCCACUGUUCAUAAAUGUCUGUAUCACUAAAACAUUCCUGGUGAUGUACAUUUCCAGUUUGUCCUAACUAUUAUUGACCAUCUUGGUACUGGUCCAAAAGAUGUGCACAGGAAUAUUGACAUCAACAGAGUAAACCUCAUUUGGCCUUACGUCCUGUUUUUCAGUAGAAUUUACCAUCAAUGUGAAAGUCCACAGACAUCUGUAAAUGUAUUGUGUAGGAAAAGACACCAGACUAGUACUUUGUAUAUGCAUUUGUGCCCAAUUGAGUUUCUUCAGGUAUCAGAAACAUUUUAUGUGCUGCUUCAUAGAUAGUGCCUAUAUGCCACUCACACGCCGUGUGUGUCCUUAGGGUAUUUUCACACCUAUGCUUUUUAGUCCGGUUACAUGGACUCUGGCUCCAGACUCUGGUUUGUUUUCAACAUAUGAUUUCAACAUAUGAUUUGAUGAUGAGGAAAUUUUUAAUAUCGAAUCUAGAAAAAAUGUAACAGAAAACAGUAAAAAAAAAUGUAAUGGAUUGCACAGGGCCCUACUAUAGGUGUGAAAACGCCCUUAGUGUCAAAAACUAGAAAGCCACGCUGAAGAUGAUUUUUUUGCCCCAUUUCGUACAGAUGUAAUUUGAACAGAGAUAUAUAUGUAUAAAUAAAUAUUUAUGUAUGAUGUGUUGGUAAAAAAAAUGAUCAACAAAUCAGUGAUCAUGAGUGGAAGUGGAUCCAUAGCUUUUAUAUUGUGCUUCUGUGAGUUUCAUUGUUUUUCAUUUUUAUUCAAUAAAGCUUCUUGUUGCUUUA